UAAAAAAAAAAAAUCCUCAUUUCAGAAUCUGGAACUGAUUAUACUACGGACAUAAUAGAUGACUUUGUUAAUAGCUGCAGCUGGAGUUAUUUGAUGCUUCUGGGUUGGGGUUGCACCCCCCAGUGCCUGCUUGUGAUGUUGGGUGCUGGGUUGAGAAGCGCAUGCUGGAGGAGGAACUCAUGGACCUUACAGGCUGAUACAGCUAUCUGGGCCUGUGAGUGGUCCUGGGGCUUUGAAAGCCUUUCAGUGCUAAUUAGUGAGCAGGUGCCUAAACGAGCAGGAUUUGCAGCUGUUAAUUCUGUUCUCAUGUAAUGGUAACUUGAUCUGUGUUGUACCAAAGAAAGUAAGCUUGGCUUCAUUUUUCCUCCUCCUUGUGGUUUGGAUAGUUGGCGUUGGGAGAAGCUUCCUGAGUGAGCCAAGAACCUGCUGUAGAAAUCUGCAGCCACGCAGAAGAGGUUUGUUGUUACAAGACAAAAAUGUUGCUGGAUCAGGAGACAUCUUCCAUGUUAAAACAAAUUCCAGCAGCCUGGUUUCCCUGGUUAGUGACUCUUGUGGAUGCUGGUGGAUCUUCUCUCGCUGGGUGGAUGUCAGGUGGUUGUACAGCAGUGAGCUCCCUGUGGAGAUCCAUCCUCAGUUUUCUUCUUUAAAGAAGCUCCCAGAGAAGUUCAGAUGUGAGCCCUUAGCAACUGGAACAGGGCAGGAGCACUGGGGAUUUGUGUAGGCUCUGUAGUAAGUGUGGAUACAUCAGGUUGCUUUAAGAGACUCCAACAAAAAACGAUUCCAGCUGUUGGUAAUUUUAAAGCUUGUAUGAAGAUUAAUUCCUUAUGAUCCUCAUAUAUAUAUGUGUGUAUGUCAGUAUUCCCCAGCUUUUUAUUCUAAGUAUUUUUCCAGCUCUGUAUCAGAGGAAAGCUGAGGAAGUUGUAGCUUGGCUUUCUGUGUGAAGCUGGCAUACAGAGCGCAGUGGCACAGUGAGUUAAUGUGCCUCAUCUGUUGCUCAGCCCCAUUACCUUCCUCUGUGUGGGAACAGCAUGCUUUGCCAACAUUCCAGUGGCUGGCAGAUGAAGGUGCUGCCUUGCCUUUGAAAAGCUGCAGUUUGAAGGAACACAGCAGUGCCAGGGCUGGGUUUAGGGGGCAUGCUCUUUAUUGACAUCCCUCAUCCCUCGUGCUGCUUGCCUUCCUUGCUUCACCUCCUCUUCUCCCCUUGUCUCCAAAAGUUCCAGGAUAAAACCUGUAAGUAAUGCGGAGCAGGGAGGUUGUACAGCACCUGAAGAUUGUGAUCAUAAAACAGGGCAUCUGCUUUAGUAAAACAGGAUCUUCCCAAGCCCUGGUAAGGCUGAGAGGUGGUGGAAAAGCUUCAUUCAUUGGGAGGUGAAAAGAAAUCUCAACCUGUAAGCAGGAAGAUGAGGUAUACAAGCUCCAACCGGAUACAGAAUGGUAUGGAACUGAGAAAGGUGGUGUGGGUGAGUUCUGUGUGCAGGGAGCAUCUUUUGGGCUUACUGCUUUGAGUACAGGCAGUGAAGUGUGUGAGGGUCAGUCGGUUCAGCAGUGCUCAGAUGUGCGCCCAUGUUUGUGUCCGGAAGCGCUAGGAGCUCACUGAGCUGCGGCUCUGCAGACGUGGGUCCGUUCAGUGAGCCACAGUUGGCACCUUUUGAACUCUGGCCCUGAGCCAGAGCUGAGAGCAGUGAGCAGUGAGCUCAGCCCUGCAGGGACAGGGGCUGGGUCACCCAGCAGCUAGCUGCAUGCUGAGCAGGGCACAACCCCUGCCACCCUGACAGAGAAUGUUUCUGGGAGUGUUUCUAUGCAGCGAUUUCUGUUCUCCGCUUGCUUUAGGUUCCUUUUGAGCUGCUUGGCUCCCAUGUGUUUUAAUCUGGCCAUGGUUUGGAGAAAAGAGAACUGCUUAUCUGUAAUUUUUGUUCUCUAAGGAUGGCUUCCUGGUUAUUUCUGCCCCCACACAAACAUUGCCUUCAAAUAAUCGGUUGUUUCUUCAGAUAAAGCUUAAUUGGGACUCCUUAGUGUCUUUCUGGUUUGCUGUUAAACUGACUGACUUUGGUGUUUAGCUAGGAAACGAGUCUAAGUGAAGCUUCAGGCCCUGCUCUAGGGGUCUGGAGCUCUGAUACUAAACUUGUGGGACUUCCAUUCCAGCUCUGGUCAGAAGCUCGUGGCUCAGAAACGGCAUCCUUAAGUUCGGGUGUAUUUGAGAGAACAAGAAUUACAGAUAGACUCCAAGAAAGCGCCGUGGAGGAUCAGCUAACUCUAGGCAAGCUCAGAAACGAAGCAGGCUGAUAGCUUCUACCACAGAGAUGGCUUCAGAAGGAGAGCCAAUAGAACUGGAAGAAAGUGCUGGUGAAGAAGUAGUAGAUCUCACAUGUGAAUCUUCUGAUCCUGUAGUAGUUGAUCUAACUCACAAUGAUUCUAUUGUGAUUGUUGAAGAGAAUCAGCAACGGAGGAGAAAUCUCAGAUUAAGAGGCCAGCGACAGUCAGACAGCUGUGUGCUAAGCAGUGAUGAUGAAGAUGAAACAAGAGAUAAUGAUGUGUAUGUGACAGAUAAAGUGUCUCGAGAGCUGGGACCACUGGAGGAUGAAACUGCAAGCUCCAAGCCUUCUGGUACUGUUAGCUGUCCAAUUUGCAUGGAUGGCUACUCGGAGAUCGUGCAAAGUGGACGACUUAUAGUGUCAACCAAAUGCGGCCAUGUCUUCUGUAGUCAGUGCCUCCGCGACUCUCUUAGGAAUGCCAACUCCUGCCCAACUUGUAGGAAAAAACUCACUCAUAGACAAUACCAUCCGAUUUAUAUAUGAGUGCUUACAUUUCUCAGGACAGAUUCAACUGGAUUUUGGGGAAAAAUGUCAUGUUUUCAAUGCUCUGAAGAGGAGCAGCAGGUUGUGCACACGUCCAAAUAAAACUGAUUUUUUUGAGAAUAACUCGAGGAAAUAACUUUCCUUCUACUUUUUUAAUGCGUGAAUAAGAGGGGUCUGAAUAUUUUGUUAUUUCUUGUUCUUGAAAUUAUUCCCACCAUUGCGUACAGAUAUGAAAUAGUUACCUUUCAAAAUACAGAUGAAUUUGCCAUUUCAUUACGCUUUUAUCUUUAUCCUAAAACGUGCUCGUUAUGUAUUGCUUUCUGCUAAAUCAUCUUUGCCCAGGUAGAAUAAGUUCUGUAACAAUGGAUCAUUUCAUCAUUAACUAAAUUAACAUCCAUGACAACGCAAUAAAUUAACCUGCUGUUAACCAGCAAUCAGAUGGUUGGUUUUAAGCAGGCAGCUUGAACAUGUAGAUGCCUUUAUGGACUCCAUGAGAUCUGAAAUGCAUAGCCCAAUUUGCAGCAUGUAUAAUGUGAGGAUACUACCAAGAAUUCCUGUAUUUCAAUCACAACAUUGAAUUUAUUUUGUUUUCUAACGUGAUGAGAUAGUCUCUUGGGUUUCCUGCAGUUCUACAGAGCUCUGUCUCCUUGUGGCUGAGGAGAAGGUAGUAUUCUCUAGGCUUGCUAGUGAUGAAUGAGAAGCAAAUUGUAUGCUUUGCUCUUGUCAGCUGAAUACCAAACUACCCAGGCAGAUCUUUUUACUGUAUCAAGUGUACCCAAUGCAGUGCUUCAAAUUCAGUCCAUUCACUUCAUUCCUCUCUUCAGUUGUUAUACUACACACCUGACUGGCUUUAGCCUGAUGCAUAGGAUUAAGAUUUAAAUAAUUGUAAUGCUAUAAAUUGAGAGGGGCAAGGAACUUUAUUUAAUCUCUUUGCUCUAAAGGCCAUGCAUCCUUCUUUGUGUGCGUGAUGCUAAGAGAUGUGAGCUACCUGUCCUGGGAGAGAGCUCUUCUGUUUGAACAAGGCAGGAAUGCACAGCUUUAGGCACUGUUGUAUCGUUACUUUUUUUUUUUUUCCCCAGAGCAGAGUUAAAAACAUCUACUUUAAACCAGCUGAAAUCUGCAGGCUGGUGUGAAAUUCCGGUGAGCUGAUGCAAAUAGGAUAAUAAGCGAGAUAAUUAAAAUUGGUAUUUUAUGGUCCACAUAUGCUGUAGCUGCAUCUGUGAAGACUGACAUUCAGUAUGUAAAAUAAAUCCAGGAUGAGACUGUCAGGUACCUUUUGGAAAAUUGUUGGUUAUGAAAAACCUUAGAAGUAGCAUUCUGGGCUCUGGGCACAAUGUGACUGUAGGAUGCAUUCAGUUAGCAGUGGAUCUGAUGCUUCUUUGCUGACUUGUCCGAGGGAUUGGUAGGAAGCCUUUAAUUAAACCAGCUCUUUUAAUUAGCCAUCUCAAGUUCUCAGUUGAAGAUUGCAUCCCAAGAGCCAAGUUUCUUAUUAGGAUGUUGAGGGGCGUUACUGGGUGUAAUAAAGCAUCCCAAACUGUGCUGGGUAAAGGCCAGCUGCACGACAGCAAUACCUUCCCCAGCAUGUUUUGGGGAAGCCUGGGUUUGGCCCUACUACCAGCAAAAUGCAGGUCCUGCACUGUGGCAAUACUGUAACUACCAAGAAGUUACACAUCUCUCCUUCCUUUGUGCCUCAGUGGCAACAUGAACUCAUAAGUGAAGGAAUACAGCAGUCUUAGGGUAGCGCAGCAACAGUGAGGGCUGGAUGUUCUGUUCCAAAAAAGAUGAAAUGAUGAAACAGUCCUAAAGGUGACUUAAAAUAUAAAUGAAGAGAAGAAGCAGCCCAACAUUAAACUGUGAAAAUAUUUAAAGGCUAUGAAGGGGAAAAGAACUUCAGGCCAGUUUUCCCUGGGUGGCUGCUGCAUCAGAAGGAUGGUAAUGAGGGCUUAAUGGAUUACCUCCGGAUGAGGCUGCGUCACAUCCAUGCAGCUUCCAUAGUUACUAGCUGUAGCCUGACAUGACUUUGCACAACUCCCUCCAUGUAAAUACCACUUUAUAGUUUGUGCUUCAGUAGCCCUAAUUGGAAUCUAGAUACACAACUAUAAAAUAUUUAACAAAAAGGUUUUUUUAGCUUUUGUGUACCCUGUGAAGUGCCACAAAUCUGUGCAUCUUAAACCUUAAGUUCUCAGUACGUGGACAAAUGCUUACUUGCAUUUUCCUCUUUUUGUUAAAAAGAAAAAGGAAACCCCGAUAUAUUUGCGUUCCAGUGAUGUUUCACAUUGGCAAGAGCUGAUAGGUAAUAUAAAGACUUUUUCCAUUCUGUAAAUGUAUGUCUCGUUGUAUAUAGUUCAAUUUUUCCUGUAUUUAAUUGUAUUCAUGUCUGUAUGUCACAUCUAUGUUGGACUCUGCUGGUAAGCAAACAGCUCUUUCAACAGGUGGAAAUAAAAAAUAAUUUGCUCAAUUAA